ACCGACCCUUUUUCCUUUUAUUGAAAGCACUUCUUCUGAGCCACCAAACGCGCCUCCUAUGCUCGCUCGCUCCUCCGCGCGCAGUGCCCAGCACGCUGUGAGACCAAACAUGGACGCGAGCGCCGCCACCGCCAAGCGCAAGCGCGACGCCACCGACAUCGCCGGCGCCGACCCCGCCCCCGCCGCCGCCGUCGAGGCCUCCGACGCCGAGGUCGAGGAGUUCUACGCCAUCCUCCGGCGCAUGCGCGACGCCUCCCGGCGCAUCUGCGGCGCCGCUCCGCGCGCGCCGGCGUGGCGGCCCACCUUCUGCUGGGAGGACUUCGCCACCCCGGCACCGCCGGCCAGGCCGCCCGCCCAGGCGCGGCCGGACGAGCCCGGCGCAGCCCCGCCGCGCGCCGGCCUCGACCUGAACGCGGAGCCGGAGCCCGAGGCGCCGGGCACGCCGCGGUCGGCGGCGCGCGCCCCGGCCUAGCCCGUGUCGCAGCACCGCGCCUACAGGCUACACCGCGCCAAGGAUUCUCGGGGACAACUGGCUGCGCGUACGUCAGCACGUGCGUCGGCGUCCGCGUCAGCUUCGCUGUUGGGUGGGUGGUGGCCGGUGAGCUCAUCGGGGCGCGCGGUGGCCGGUGGUUGCCUGGUUGGCAUCUCCCGCGGCGCCGUGGUUUUCCCUGCUCGCAGAUGUAAACGGUAAAACGGUAUGGUAAUAAUAACUGGAUGGCUGCAUCUCCCUCCCUCUCUUCUCCCGUGUGGACAGGCGAGAGCGAGACCGGUUAAUGGGUUGUAGGAACACCUAUUAGUCGCAGUAGUUUAAUGUACCGUCCAAACAUGAAGGAAUGUUAAGCUAUUCGUUGUCUGAUAGCAAGUCUUUUUUUUUUCUCAA